AUGUUGAAAGCAAGAGAGUAUAUUUUAACAAUUACUGAUUACUACUCUUCCUACCAUGCGGCAAUUAUUGUAAAAGAGAUAACUUCCAAUGUUAUUAUUGAAUGUUUACAAUUGGUAUUCGCAAGAUUUGGAUACCCUGAUGAGGUCCUAACUGAUAAUGGAAAACAGUUAAGUGCCAAAAUUGAGAAAUACUUUAACGCAUGUGGUAUUAAACAUCUACUUGCUUCACCUUAUUACCCUAAAACGAAUGGGGAAAUUGAACGGUUUCAUCGCUACUUUAAGAAAUGUAUCAAAAAUGCCAAAACUGAAGGUAAAGUAUGGCAAAGCGAGUUACCAAAGAUACUUAUGGCUUACAUAUCUACACCGCAUAGAUCUACGAAUAAAGCGCCAGCUGAAUUGCUAUUUGGCAGAAACAUAAAGACUAAGUUGCCGCGAUAUCGACAGGAAACUGAUAUUUCCGCAGAAUUAAAGAACCAUAAUUAG